AUGACUAAAGAAGAAGACUUUAAGCUACUUAAAAUCCAGACUUGUGUUCUCAAAGUGAAUAUUCACUGUGAUGGUUGUAAGCAGAAAGUGAAGAAACUCCUUCAAAGAAUUGAAGGUGUUUAUCAAGUUCAAAUAGAUGGAGAACAGCAGAAGGUAACAGUUUCAGGAAGUGUGGAUGCUGAAACAUUGAUCAAGAAGCUUUUAAGAUCUGGAAAAUAUGCUGAGCUUUGGUCUCAGAAAACAAACAAUAAUCAGAAUCAAAAGCAGAAAAACAACAAUGUUGUGAAAGAUGACAAGAACAAAGGACAGAAACAAGUGCUGGUUAAAGGGCUUGAAGCCUUCAAAAACCAGCAGAAGUUCCCUGCUUUUAUUUCUGAAGAGGGCGAAGAAUACUACAACUACGGUGAUGAUGAAGAGGAAGAAGAUGAAGAGAUGCGGAUCGUUAGGGAGAAAGCGAAUCAAAUUCAUAUGAUCAGACAACAUGCAGCUGAUGCAAGUAAUGUGAAGAAAGGGAUUGGAGCUAAGAUGAACAAUGCUUGCAAUGGCAAUGAUAAUGGAUGCAAGAAAGGAGGCUCGAAUCAGAAUAUGGGAAUGAAGGAAAGUGCGAACGGGGUUGAUCAGAAAACAGUGGCAGCUAUGAAGAUGAACAAUGCUCAUUUGGUUGGUAAUGGUGAAACCCUCCACCUCGGAGAAUCCAAACGGGGUAGUGACAUUGGUGCUAUGAUGAACUUAGCAGGUUUUAACGGUAAUAAUAACAACAAUAACAACAACAACGGUGUUGGUAGUGCUACUACUAUUCUAGGUGGAAACUCCGGGGCUAUUCCAAACGGUGGUUUUGUUACUGGACAAUUUCCACCAACUAUGCUGAUGAACAUGAAUGGUUUCAACAACCAUUCAUCUCCAUUGUUGAACAUGAACAUGAACAUGCAACAAGCAAGGCAUGGUAUGAUGAUGCCACAACAACAGCCUCAAAUGAUGUAUCACCGGUCACCUUUUGUUCCUCCUAACACUGGCUACUACUACAAUUACAAUAACUACAUUCCUGCAAAUUACUCUUAUGCAAAUACCAGUGAGGAUCAAAACUCUGCAGCAGACAUGUUCGGUGAUGACAAUACUACCAGCAGCUGUUCAAUAAUGUAA